AUUAGAUUUGUGCUCAGCCUGAGAGGCUAAACUCAGGGUGGAACAUGUUUCGAAGCACCUUUUCGGCAAGGUAGGCUCGGUAGCUAAGCUGUAGCUAACUCACGCUAAAGUCAACCUCCAGGAAACUGCUGCAGACAGCUUGAUGUGACUCAGGGCGCGCAGCCAACAUGCCUGCUCGCUUCGUAUGAUACAGACUGUCCACGUUAGGAAGGCUGGUCGCUGUUGUGUGAGAGGCGUGAAAGAGGAGAGAGGCUCGCCACUGCCCGCCAGCAGCAGCAGCAGCAGCGGCAGCUCCGGGUAGUUUACAGCUGCAUCCUGCUGCUAGCUGAAGUUCCUCAUCCGUCUGUGGAGGAGGUGGUUCGGAGAUUUAGCUCAGCUGGAAACACACCGAGGCGGGUGGAUACAUGUCUGCCUCUCAGCCACGACACGAGCUACGAAAGGGAAAUCUUGCAGUUCAUGUUUCGCCAAGAAGUCAGUGUUACGUCUUUUAUUCCAUCUUGUUCGUAUCUUUUCCAACACGAGAAGAGGAAUAUGUCCAGAUAUAACAUAUACAGCCUGUUAGACUGGGUCUAUGGCGGGGUGGACCCGAAGUUUGAAGGCAACGGGGGGCCCGAGUGUGCCGCCUUCAUCGCGCCUCAGCAGCGCAUCAGUGAAAGUCUGGUCAUCGUCGUCAUCUCCAUACUGGAGAUCUGCGUGGCGCUGAGGAAAAUAAACAUCUCCAAAGAGCUCAAAGUGGUGGGAAAAGACUGUGUAAGGGUAAAGGAAGAUAGUCUGGGCAAGAACCUGUUGCUGGUUGCCCUUUGCAUGACUUUUGGUGUGGAGGUUGGGUUCAAAUUCGCGACCAAGACUGUGAUAUAUCUGCUGAACCCAUGCCAUGUGAUGACCAUGGUUCAGAUCUUCCUGCUGGCCUGCCCGCCAUGUAAAACGGCAAUGGUCGUAUUUAGGCUGCAAGUCCACAUGUUGAACGGUGCACUACUGGCUUUAAUGUUUCCUGUAGUCAACACUAGACUGCUGCCGUUUGAGAAGGAGAUCUACUACAUCCAGCACUCCAUGCUGUACCUGGUGCCUCUUUACCUUUUCAGGAAAGGAGGUGUGUACAAACCGGAGCCUCUGGGAGACAUGUGGUGGGCACUGCUCUCCACUGGCAUCCUGUUCCUCUACCACUUCCUCUUCUUGCAAGUUCUGGGCCUGGCGACUGAGGUCAACUUGAACAACAUGCUGUGCCCGGCCGUGUCCGAUCCCUUUUACGGGCCUUGGUACCGGGUGUGGGCAACAGGUCAUCAGACCCUGCUGACCCUCAUUCACGGGAAGGUCCUCACUCUCCUCUCGCAACACACAGGCCCGGUCUGCAGAUACCUGCUGGACACCCUCCGACUGCGCAGCAAGAAAGUCGACUGAAUGUCCACAAAGACGCACACAGACCUGGCCUUUCAAUCUUAAAUGCCUGCUCUUUUCAUGGAGUUUUUUUUUUUUUUUUUUUUUUUUUAAUCAACAUUUUAAUGCAUCUUUUAAGACUCGCCAUCUGUUUUACUGAAACACGUGAGCAUUUCAGGGUCAGUGAAUCAAUGUGUCAUUCUUUUUAGUGUCGUCGUUGGCUUGCAUAAAAACAGUACUUGCAUGCACAAACAUAAUAGGCAUUUUAAGGCUGGUAGUUAGCAUUGUGGAGUUAGCCAGAUUUAGCCUUUUUUUUUGUUUGUUUUGUUCUGUUUUUUGGAAUACAAUUUCCACGUUAAGAGAAUUUGAGGGAGAUGACUAUUUCUCAAGUUGCCUUUUUUGUAAAUGUUAAGUUCUAAGGACAGAAAAUAGGAGUCACCCAAAUGUCACUAUUGAUCUGCAGUUGUUACACUUUCAGUUCUUUAUGUGAUAGUUACGCUAGAUCAUAUGUUAGUGGGUAUAGCUGCCAUUUUAUUUGUCUCAAGUGCGUUUUGAAACAGAUUGUGAAUGUGAGCUAUUGUUAAAAUUAUUGCUUGUUUAUAGUCGGAAGAUUUUUGACAUGUAUGAUCACCUCUCAGUGUUGUCAUGACUAAAAGUAGAAACUUAUUUAUGGCGUCCCUCUGUUCCCACUUUACUACACAUAUACAGGUUAAAAAAAAAAACAACAAACAUUACUGUAAGUGGCCUCUUUUGCAUUUCUGUCUCCCACCUCCAGCCCAUUCAGAUCAUUCCAGUUGUGAUAAUCAGGGGACAUGAGGAUGUAUUAUUGUGCUGAGAUUCAAAGUGAUGAAUGAGAAUUUAUAGAGUUACAUUGGGGGUGUUAUUACGACCUCUGCCAAGGAGGUUUUGUUUUUGUCUGUGUUAUUUUAUUGUGAUAUUGGACCAUAUUCAGUGAGGUAUAAACUUCAACGGUCGUUGGGAUGAAUGUGAUGUUUGCCGAGAUGGAACAGAUCUUGACAAAAUAUGUAUCUGGGCUGGAAACAUGCAUCAUGACACUUGAAUAGAUUUCUUUUUUUUGCUUGAUGCUCAAGUUAAUCUUUCAAGUCACCCUGAAUUCACUCCACCAUUACAGCUGUAACGAGUCGCAGUCUCGGGUUUUGUAUGAAAAAUUCAUCUGAUGAUCUGCAUGAAGUCAUUUUGGGUCAUUUAUUGACUGCCCAUUGGAAAGAAAGUAUUAACUAUUAACACUGAUAAUUGGAAUAUGUCAGUCAUGGUAUCUAUCAUUUCAAGUGUGUGGGGUGUGUGUAUUGUACUGUACUGUAGCAUAUACUGUACUUCACUGUAAAGAAGGGAUAAGACAAACUUUUGUAUUUCUAUCGGUUUGAGUGUAUGUGCUGUAUUGACAAUAAAAGUGAUUUCAGUUGA